AGCUCUAUCAGAUAGUGGCAUUCAGCCGCUCACACCAGCUCCACAUUCGAGAGGCCAAGAGCAAUCAAGAACGCGCUGAAGUGUAACCAUGACUAAGAAGUUGAUCAUUCCGGCUGUCCUGCUGCUGGUAGUCGCAGUGGUUGCUACGUUCUUGGGGGUGUUCUUCGGCGUGGGGAAGUCUACAGGCUACCGCGCAGCCGUGGCAGCAGAUGCUGGCAAGUGCUCAGAGGUUGGCAGGGAUAUUUUAGAGAAAGGAGGCUCUGCAGUAGAUGGAACAAUAGCUGCUUUGCUUUGUGUUGGGCUCAUGAAUGCUCAUAGUAUGGGUAUUGGCGGAGGGCUAUUCUUCACUAUCUAUGAUGCAAAGUCUGAUAAAGUUGAAAUCAUCAAUGCUAGAGAGGUGGCGCCACGUAAUGCGUCAGAGAACAUGUUCGGCAACAGCACAGAUCUAUCACAGAAGGGUGGGUUGUCCAUAGCUGUGCCAGGGGAGAUCAGGGGUUACCAGUUGGCACACCAGCGUCAUGGCCGACUACCCUGGCGGGACCUGUUUGAGCCGAGUAUUAAGAUGGCAGAGCAGGGCUUUCCUUUGGGUAAGGCACUGGCCUCUGCUCUUAAAAGCCACAAAAAAACCAUAGUAGCAGAUCCUGCCCUGUGUGAAGUGUUUUGUGGAGCAGAUGGUGAUGUUCUUCAGGAAAAUGAAACUAUUCGAUUUUUGCAACUGGCUCAAACAUACAGGAAAAUAGCAGAGGAAGGAGCUGAUGUGUUUUAUAAAGGACAGGUGGCAGAGGACCUUGUUGCGGACAUCAAGAGGGCAGGUGGCAUCAUCACAAUGGAGGAUCUGCAGGAUUAUGUGGCAGUCGUCGAGCAGCCUUUAAAGCUGAGCAUGGGGGAGUACACCAUGGCUGUUCCCAGUGCUCCUGCUAGUGGCCCUGUGCUCUCGUUAAUAUUAAACAUCUUGAAUGGAUAUAACUUAACAGCAAUAAGCAUGUCCAGUUUGGAACAUAAAGUACUCACUUAUCAUCGCAUUGUGGAAGCAUUCAAAUUUGCUUAUGCUAAAAGGACAUUAUUGGGAGAUCCCACGUUUUUAAACAUUUCAGAGGUCAUUCAGAACAUGACAUCCACCUGGUAUGCUGGAGAGCUCCGGAACAAAAUUACAGACAACACAACACACGACAUGAAGUACUAUGAGCCAGAGUUUUUCCUGCCUGAAAACUACGGCACCUCACACGUCUCUGUAAUGGCUGAGGACGGGAGCGCUGUGGCCGCCACCAGCACCAUCAACCGCUUCCUGGGGUCAAAGGUCUUGUCUAACUCCACUGGAAUCCUGCUCAAUAAUGAGAUGGACGACUUCAGCUCUCCAUUCAUAACUAAUGGGUUUGGAGUCCCCCCUUCACCGAACAACUUCAUCAGACCAGGCAAAAGGCCAAUGUCUUCAAUGUGUCCAACAAUACUUUUUGACAAAAACAACAAAGUUAAGAUGGUGGUCGGCGGGUCAGGGGGCACCAAAAUUACUACCUCUAUUGCUCAGGUGAUUCUGAAUGCUCUGUUCUUUGGCUUCGAUCUGAAGAAGUCAGUGGUGGAUCCAAGGCUCCACAACCAGCUCAGCCCCAACACUACUGUGGCAGAGAAGGGCUUUGACAUGAAAAUUCUGGAAGGCUUGAAUUUGAAAAAUCACCUGACAGAGUCCCUGAAGUCGUCUGGGGCCGUGGUGCAAGCAGUGGUCCAGUACAAGGACGGUCUACAGGCUCAGUCUGACCCCAGGAAGUGGGCGUAUGCCGCAGGGUACUGAGGCCACAGCACCCUAAUCACACACAGAAAACGGUAGCUGUGCAAACACUGAUUAAAGACUGAUAAAGGAACACUUCUGUCUAUUUACACAGCAAAUGUUCUCUAUAAUUAUCUGAAAACAGAACACCUCAUUCCUCAUUUCACCUGUUAAAUUAAAACGUUUUAUUUCAUGGCAAUGUGACUUUGUAUUUGGUUCAAACUGCACAACACUGGAGCUCACUUGAGAAAAAUAUUGGUAGACCCAAAUCUUGUUAUUGUUUUAAAUUGUACAAAUCUAUUAUUUA